AGCUAUUUAUUAAAUAAUUUACAAGAUUACCAACCCGAAAACAAUGAUUGCAUCAAAUGUUCAUCACAGUACUAAACCAUGCACUCUGACUACGCGUUAUGCCCCAUGUAAUCCUUACAUUUCAACUCAGUUUCACGACACCCGUAUACCUAUCUAGCUUCCCCUUAUAUGUAUACUGCGGUUCUGAUAUCUAGACAUCAUGUAACGUUGCCAUAAGUCUUGUACCACUGCUGGGGGCAAGGGGGUGUUGUCCCUUUAAGGUGGUUGUCGAGAGGCAGCUCUGUUUGUUGGCGUGUGAUUGACAGCCGAGACGUCGCUGGUGCCUCCUUCCGCAGUUCCUCGGCUUCCAUCUCUCUCUCUCUCUCUUUCUAUUAAGCGUUCAAUAACUUUAAAGAAGGGAUGCAGGCUCUGGCGGUCUAAGAUGGCUCUCCACCGAUGGAUUUACCCUUUACUCCACUUCAUUCUCACCAGCAAUGCCGCCCGGAAUUACCCAGCUAACGAAGUUACGUUAUUGGACUCUAUGUCAGCGCCUGGAGACUUGGGCUGGGUGGCGUAUCCUCCCGAGGGGUGGGAAGAAAUCAGUGUUAUGGAUGAGCGAAACACGCCGAUGCGAACUUACCAGGUCUGCAACGUCAUGGAAGCCUAUCAGAACAAUUGGCUGCGGACUAAUUGGAUUCCUCGUGAUGGCGCCCAUCGGAUCUAUAUUGAGAUUAAGUUUACUCUCAGAGACUGCAAUAGUCUGCCGGGUGUCCCUGGAACUUGCAAAGAAACCUUUAACAUCUAUUACUAUGAAUCGAACAACAACAACCUGUGGUACAUUAAAGAAAGCCAGUAUAUAAAGAUUGACACCAUUGCUGCAGAUGAGAGCUUCACCCAAGUGGAUGUAGGUGACAGGGUGAUGAAAUUAAACACUGAGGUGCGGGACAUUGGUUCACUGACAAAGAAAGGUUUUUACCUUGCCUUCCAGGAUGUGGGUGCCUGUAUUGCUUUGGUAUCAGUGCGGGUCUAUUACAAGAAGUGUCCAUUAACAAUUCGUAACCUGGCAGAAUUUCCAGACAGAGUAACUGAAGGAGACUCCUCCUUGGUGGAGGUCCGUGGCUCCUGUGUGAAUAAUUCCGAGGAAUAUGAUGUGCCUAAAAUGCACUGUAGUGCUGAUGGGGGGUGGCUGGUCCCUAUUGGACGAUGUGUUUGCAAACCAGGAUAUGAAGAGAAGAAAGACACCUGCCAACCAUGUCGGCCUGGUUUCUACAAGGCUUCCUCCAUGGAUGCAUACUGCAUGAAAUGCCCACCUCAUAGUUACUCGCAUCAAGAGAGCUCAUCACAAUGUAUCUGUGAAAAGGGUUACUACAGAGCAGAGACAGACCCAAGAGCAAUGCCGUGUACAAAGCCUCCCUCUCCACCAGAAAAUCCCAUAUCCACAACAAAUGAGACUUCACUCGUCUUAGAAUGGAACCCGCCUAGAGACAGCGGUGGCAGAAAUGACAUCACGUACAACGUGCACUGCAGAAAGUGUGUGGGAGACAACAGGAAGUGCAGCACAUGUGGGAGCAGCCUCCAUUUCAUCCCCCGUCAAUUUGGAUUAAUAUAUACUAAAGUUCUUGUUACGGAUCUGCUGCCUCACACCAAUUAUACCUUCGACCUUGAGGCUGUGAAUGGGGUGUCUGAAUUGAGCCCCAGCCCAAAGCAGUAUAUCUCUGUCACCAUCAUGACCAGCCAGGCUGUGAACGUGAUUGUGAAGGAGAGGAGAAGCAAGGAUAGUAUCACUCUUGCUUGGCAAGGUCCAGACCGUGCCAAUGGUGUCAUUGUGGAGUAUGAGAUUAUCUACUAUGAAAAGAAUCAAAGGGACCAAAACUACACUGUUUUAAAGACUAAAUCUAACAGCAUGACAGUUGAUGGACUAAAACCAGGGACAACAUAUGUGUUCCGUGUCAGAGCUCACACCAGCGGUGGACAUGGGACAUAUGGUGGCGAAAUCGAGCUGGAGACCAGUCAAGAAGAUAUGCUUGCUAUUGGUGAUCCAAACCAACCCACCAUCAUGGCUGUCUCUGUUGCUGGUGGGAUAGUCCUCCUGAUAUUCCUUGUUACUUGCUUUGUUGUUAGUGGAAGGCAUUGUGGCUACAUCAAAGCUAAGCAAGACCCAGAUGAGGAAAAAAUGCAGUUCCAUCAUGGUCAAGUCAGGUUGCCUGGGAAUAGAACCUACAUUCACCCACACACCUACGAGGAUCCCAAUCAAGCCGUCCGAGACUUUGCAAAGGAAAUAGAUGCAUCCUGCAUUAGGAUUGAAAGAGUUAUAGGAGGUGGAGAAUUUGGGGAAGUUUGUAGUGGACGCCUAAAGUUACCUGGGAAGAGAGAAAUCUACGUCGCCAUCAAAAGCCUGAAAGCUGGCUACUCGGAGAAACAGCGCAGGGACUUCCUGAGUGAAGCGAGCAUCAUGGGACAGUUUGACAACCCCAACAUAAUCCGCCUUGAAGGUGUGGUUACAAAAUGCAAACCUGUAAUGAUAAUAACUGAGUACAUGGAGAAUGGAUCUCUCGACUCAUUUCUGAGGAAGCAUGAUGGACAAUUCACAGUCAUUCAACUGGUCGGAAUGCUCAGAGGAAUUGCCUCCGGGAUGAAAUAUCUUUCAGAUAUGAAUUACAUUCAUCGGGACCUUGCAGCAAGAAACAUUCUAGUCAACAGCAAUUUUGUCUGCAAGGUUUCAGAUUUUGGGUUGUCACGCGUGCUAGAGGAUGACCCGGAGGCAGCCUAUACAACUAGGGGAGGAAAGAUACCUAUCCGAUGGACAGCCCCAGAGGCUAUUGCUUACCGCAAAUUCACUUCUGCCAGUGAUGUGUGGAGUUAUGGGAUUGUUAUGUGGGAAGUGAUGUCAUAUGGAGAAAGGCCUUACUGGGAAAUGUCCAAUCAGGAUGUGAUAAAAGCAAUAGAUGAAGGAUAUCGCCUGCCUGCACCAAUGGAUUGUCCUGCUGUGCUUCACCAAUUGAUGUUGGAUUGCUGGCAAAAAGCACGUGGAGAUAGACCAAAAUUUGGCCAGAUCGUGAACAUUCUUGACAAGCUGAUACGAAAUCCUAGUUGCCUCAAAACAUUAGCUAAUGAUGCAGCUUGGUCAGGCAGUAUGUUACAGGAUCCAUGUACUCCAGACACUUCCACCCUCUCUACAGUAGAUGAAUGGCUUGAUGGUAUCAAAAUGGGCCAAUACAAAGAGAAUUUCUCAUCAGCUGGUUAUGCCACAUUGGAUACUGUUGUGUACAUAAACAGCAGUGACCUCUGCAGAAUUGGAGUAACAUUAGUUGGGCACCAGAAGCGGAUCCUCUGGAGCAUUCAGAACCUUUACACCAUGGCCAACCAGAUACAUGGAACACACAUUCAAGUAUAACAAAAUCGCCGCAGCAAAGCAGAGUGGUUGGACUCUUUGAGAAAAAGAAAGCUACUGAAUGCCCUGCUUUCUUCCUGUAAAUGACUGCUCUUUUAUCACUAAUGCAGAGAAAUCAGCCUUCCUUCAAAACCCACACCCAGCAUUUAUACAGCAUGCAAUGGCAUUCCCAGCAGCAAGAUAAUUAUCAGCACAUUUCACUCAAACUUUGCAAUGAGAAAGAAAAAGAUGUGCUGAAAAGUCAUGGUAUGAUUCAUUGCAGGGAAAAGGGUAGCUUUUUAAACGUAGACUUCGUGCUCUACAGAUGAUACUUUACAAUAGCCAUCUCAUUUCUUAUUGUUUUAUUUUUUAUCUAAAUCUCAGUGAUAAUUGUGAAAAGAAGCUCAUUACUGGUACAAAGCAGCUCAACGAGCUCAGCAGCUGCUAGUAUAGUAAGUGAAUAUUCCAUUCAUGUGUUAUCCCAUGCAAAGAGUUGGGAGUAAGAUUCAGUUCCAGGUUUGAAAAUAGCUUAAAUGAAUGACUGCUGGAUGACUAAAUAAAUGGAAUAUAUAGAAUCAGUUGCUCGUGCUCAAGUAGAUCAAAACUUGGCUGUAUUUAGGGUUUUUAUUCUAAAUUAGAAGCCACACUGAAGACAAGUACAGAGUUAAAUGGUUAGGAAACCCAAGGUCAAGUUAACUGAAAAUUAUUGCUUAGGCAAUUCUAAGGAUGGGUCUUCAAGGCUUAUUUAAUGUUUAAUGGGGUAUGCCCAAAUCUUAUGAAUUCAACAAUAUUAAUUUACUGAGCCAAGUGUAGGUGAUUAAAUCCUUAACCACUAAUUAUUAAAAAGGAACACCUGUCAUAUAAUAUUAUAUGCAAUAAACCCACGAUAGAAUUCAAAUUAAGAUCUGAACUCAAAUUACAAAAUGGAGUUUGGAUUCUAGGUUCAACAUAUUGAAGGUGAGCUUAUGUGAGCUAUAUUGGUGGAAAGUGAAUGGCUGACAAGUGAGAGCCUUGAAAUUAUACAGAAAAGGGACCGAAUCUGGUGAUGUACAACUGUUGAAGAAACUAAAAGAAUAGUUAAGUAAUUUCAGAUUUCAAUUUUGAUUGUGUUACAAAAAAGAGGAUUUCUCUCAAAAAAAAACAAAGCUUAUUUUGCUGUCGAGUUAAGAGCCAAUAAUGAUACAGGUCUGUUGACUGGAACACUAGACAUUCAAAUUGCUUGUCUUUGAUGCUAUCAUUUUUAUGUACCAUGUAUGAAAUAUCUUAAACCCACUGUAUCAAGCAUAACUUUCUGCAUUUAUUAAUUUCUCAGACAUGGACAGUAUUUAUUGUCUAUCCUUACCUGCCCCUGAUGAGAGUGUGAUCCAUUACUUUCUGUGACUGUUUUAAUCCUUCUGAUGAUGGAAUUCUGCGGAAGUUCCAGGAUUAAAAGCCCAGCAACAAAGACGGAUUGGCACGAUAGUUCUAAAUCAGGAUGCUGUACAACUCGGAAGGGGAACCUGUAGAUAUGGUGUUCCCAUGCAACUGAAGCAUGUGUUCUUGAUAGUGAAGGAUAUGGGAAGGUGGAGUGUCCUGGGUAAUUGCAAUCACAUUUUGUGGAUGAUGCACACGGUGGCUAAAUUGUGGAACUGCACGAGGUAUAAUGCACAUUUAAAUAGUCCAUCAGUUUAGCUAUACCAUCAUGUAUUUUUUUUCUUUCCAGUUACUACAUUCAGAGUUAGAGUUCAACAAGUACAUAAGGAGGAGAGGUGUAGGCAAUGCAGAUUAGUGCCCUGUCAAUCUAAUAUUCACAUAGGCACAUAUGCAAAUCAAAGGAAAUGUCAGCAGGAAUAAGUACCGAGGAGAAGAAAGAUUGAAAUCAGUCACACUGCAAUCAUUUUUAACUAUGAUUUCAUAUGAAAUACAAAGCUACAACCAUUUAUUUUUCAGUCCCGAUGAAGGGUCUCAGCCCGAAAUGCCAACUGUUCAUUCAUUUCCAUAGAUGCUGCUUGAGCCGCUGAAUUCCUCCAGCAUUUUUUGUGUGUUGCUAUCUAUUUUUCAAUAUCAUUAGCUCUCAUCCUACUGCACGCUAAGAUAGGGACAGGGCAACGAUAAACCUUAUCUCUCUUUGGGUCUCAUUGCUGCUCAGAAUUGCCAUUACGCAAGUUUCUGAAGAUUGAAAUAUCUUUUUCCUCCCCCUCUCAGCCGACAUGAGCACCAGAUUUCUUUCUGUACCUACUAAAAUCCGAAAAGGAGAAGCAUAGGAAAGGGGAGUUAAGAAGGGAAUCAUUGGAGAGUUAAGUCUGGAACUGUUGAACAUAAAGGAUUGUCCUGUUCUGUAGAAGGUAGUUAUGUCCAGUUUACCACCAUUAAGAACAUAUUUUUUAUAUCUUUCCUGUCUCUAAAAUAAUCAACUGUACUUUCUACAAUCUUCUAAGGCUCAUACAAGUAGAUUCCAAACAAAACUCCAUCAACAAAUAUUAUUAACUGAGCCAAUUAUAUUUAUCACUUUAGUAUAAUUAAUUUAAAUGUUACCAAUACUUUUUUAAACAAACAGUCACAAAUCAAAGUUUGAAGUUAAAAAAGACCUGCAGAUGCUGGGAAUCACACUAAAAUGGAAAAUACUGGAAAAGUUUAGUAAGUCAGCCAGCAUCUGUGGGUAGAGAAACAGUCAAUGCUUCAGAUCUGUGACCCUUCAUCAGAACACACAAAGGUGACAGACCAGAAAUAAUGGCUGUUUCUCUCUCCAGAGAUGCUGGUGGCUUGCUAAGUUUUCUCGUAUUUUCUGAUUUCGUUGCAAAUAAAAAGUUGAAUAAUUAUUUUCUGAUCGUUUGUUAAUCUUUAUCUCUAUAGAUCAGGGGUUCCCAACCUUUUUUAUGCCAUGGAUGCCUACCAUCAACCAUGGUGUCCAUGGACCCUUGGUUGGGAACCCCUGCUCUAGAUUCAUUUCGAUGGAUUAUGGUCAGAAAGAGCAAAGAUUCUUCUGUGAAUCUUCGUUCAAAAAAAGAUGUACUUCUAACUGUUAGCAAUGGAGACUACACCCAAAGCCUGCAGGAAAUAGUUCCCCAUGUAAACAUUAUGAAGUUAUGAAGGUAUAAUUUGCCUUAAUUACAUCAUUUCCAAAGGAUGUAUUGAAAUGGUAUUAUGAAGCUCAGCUGUUUCUUAUGUAAAAUCCACAAAAUUAAGUUCAUAGCUUGGAACCAAAAUUGCAUAUAUUUGGGGAGGAAGCUAAACAGUGGGUUUAGAAAAUUUUUUAAUGAAAAUAUUUGUGGACUGUCAGUGAGAAAAAUUCUAAUGAUUCUCGAGCAAAAUAGGAAUUGUUGAAAAACAUCUUUUGAAUUACUUUGAAUAUUACAAGGUGGGCACUCUUUAUAUUAAGCACCAGUUAGAAAUGUGGCUGCAUUAAGUAUCAAUCCAUCCCACAAAUGUUAACUGUGGCAAAGAAGUGAUGAAAAUUGUGCAAGUAGUUAUAUCUGUUUAAGGUCACCAACAGCUAAGAGUAUUACAAGGCCAUGAGUCCCAAAUUUACAGCAUAAACCUAUUGGAAUGCUUGUAUAAUUACAUUUUUUUCAGCAGUUUUAAAACUAAGAUGUCACAAGAUCAUGCUUCAUCCACACCUCUUACCCAGGUGUGACUUAGAGUUGCUACGUACCCACAUUAUUGCAUUAGAAUGAAGCUGAAACAGAUUUACGUCAAGUUGGUCAAUCUGUGUAGUGUAUACCAUCAACAAAGAAACAAACAGUAAGGAUAAAUGGGUGGAGAGAUCUGUAAAGGAUAGGACAAGACUGAGAAAUGUAGCAGAUAAGGAGAAAAUAAGAUGGUUGAAUUUAAUAAGAGCUACUGAUUGCACCAUGUUCAUCUGACUUUUACAAAUUCAUAUUUUAGUUCAUUCGAGGACAAACUGAAUAGUGAAAGAUUCUUCAAGGUAAUUUUACUUCUUUCAGGUUUCAUUUACCUGUCGAUUUACUCUCUAGGAAGAACAGACGAGUUUUUAAUAUACAGAGCUCCACCAUUUUGUAUCUGCAUCAUGGCAAUAGCAGAACAGGAAACAAAUAUUGUACCAUAUUGUAUAAAAUGUACAGCGUAACUGACUUAAGUAUAGAAUGUUUAUAAUUGUGAAUUUUUAAAAUUACUAAAAGCUGGACCAGUUCCAUCAGUACCUGCAGAAUACCUGAAAAAAUGGCUUCCAUUUGGAAAAGUCUGCAUAUUUGAGAAGAAAGUAACAUUUGUGAUAAAUGAAGGGUAACAACUCUCCUUUGUGAUAAAUUUUUAUUGAAGGCACUUAGGACUGUGCUAAUCAAACAAUUGUAUUUGGAGGCUGAACACAACUGGGUGACAUGACAUUGAAUCAGUUGUAUUGCGUUUAAUCCAGAGGUGUUCUCAAGUUCACUUACUAUCUGAAAUUAUACAUUAAAGACUGCUUCAUGACUUCAUGCUCAGUCCUGAAGAAGGGUCUCGGCCCAAAAUGUUGACUGUUUAUUCAUUUCCAUAGAUGCUGAUCGACCUGCUGAGUUCCUUCAACAUUCUGUGUAUGUUGCUUCAUGACUUCUAAGUACUUUAGAAUGUUUAGUCAUGUAGGACACCAGAUAAGUCCUGCAAAAAUAAAACAAAUACAAAUGUGCAUAGGAUAACAGUGGUACUAAAAUUAUUUUCUGUUCCUCUGUCCUCAUCUCAGAUACUUAGCAAGUUAUUACAAUACAAAGAUUAGAUAACCUGAGCUAGGAAGCAACACGAGUAAAGUGAUGGUCACUAAGGGGUAUGGGGAAAAUAAGAGGAAGGUUAUUUGGAAUUCUCACUCUGGACACUAGUUUUACUGUAGCAUCUUGCAAGGUCAGUUCUUCUGGCAUUAUUUCUAUAGGUAGGCCACACGUGCCAUGGAAAUGAGGGUUAGCAAGUAUUCAUGGAUUUGCCUAGAGUUAUUAAAGGGCUUUUUCUCUUAAGAAAUAGAAGCAAUUGGCGUUUCAGCCUUUUGCCACUGCUCAUGUCAGUUUAGUAAAGAAUUUUUGUAAUUGAGUAACUUCCUCGUAAAGUGUUGGAACAUUCUGAGCAAUGAGAACAUUUACUUUGAAACUAUUUGAUGACUGUCUCAAUGCUUUUUAUUGUUACCUGUUCUUCUUGUCAUCAGCCCAGUCUGUUGGCACAGCUCUAAAGGCUGAUGAACCUGGUCGCAGAUGAGUGUGUGUGAGAUACGAAACUGUGGCCUUUUUGCAAUGUAUGUAUUAAUUUAUGCUUCUUAAUUUGUGAAUCUUAUUCUCAGUUUGCUGUAUCUAGUGGCCAUUGUUCCUCCAUAUUGCUCCAAGGAGCUUGCUGGUGAUGCAUCAGCUUGGUUUUCAUUUUUAUGUCGCUGUAAUAAAUAUGCAAAUAUUUUUGAUUUUUUU